AUGUCAGACGACAAUGCUGCUACCAAGGAAGACUCUGCGAGCCGAAAACGAAGAAGAAAAAGAAACAAAGGUUCAAAAUCUUGUUGUGAAGAAUGUUGUGAAUCUUGUCACAAUAUGGCGGAAUCAAUCGCAGAGAUGAAAGCAAAGCUUGACAGCGUGUUAAGCUGCAUUGAAGACAUCAAAGAACUAAAGCAAAAACAAACAAGCCUUGGGGAAAAGAACAAGCAAUUGGAAGCCAGUUUAGAAUUCGCUCAUACUUCUACUAAAGAGCUAAGGGAGAAGCUGGCCGUACAAGAUGAAGCGAUCGACGAGCUUAAGAAAGGUGUGAAGUCUUUAACAAACAAGCAGCGUAUGAAAAGGAAAGAGCAAUUAAGCUGGAAAGUAACAGUCGCCGCAACAACUUAAAUUUCUUUAGAAGACGUAGAUGAUAUUUCUUUUGAACGCGUCCACCCCAUUGGAAAGUCCAGCUCUACUGAAUCCAAACCGAGACCGCUCAUCGCGAAAUUCACGUAUAAUAAAGACAAAGAAUUUGUCUUUAGUCAGGCCAAGAAUCUCCGUGAUACCAAAUUUUCGGUCACGCGUGACUUUCCGAAAGAGAUCAUGGACAAAAGAAAGCUUCUCGUACCAGCCUUAAAAGACGCCAAGAAGAAGGGACACACUGCAACUUUAGUUUUGAUAAAUUGUAUAUAA